UUAGACCGGAAGUUAGCUAGAGUAGCGCCGAAAUUGAAGUGGAGUGAAAAGAGGUUUCCGUCGACAUGUGAAUUAUUAAUCUGUAGUUCGAUAUAGAGCCAGGAAACUAUAAAACUAUUUCUGAUACAAACGCAUUAAAUUGUUAUCACUGUAUGACAGUAUUGUCUUAAUUCAAAGGCGCACUCAUGUUGUUAGAUAACGGCUAAGCUAGCUAGCUAGCUAAUCGGAAAUUGCGUCACAACAAAGCGGAGUCAGGUGUAGUUUAUUCAAACGUUUAGUUCUACACACAGUUUGUUUUCGUCGUGUGCUGUUUGAUCUAUAAUGGACACGUCCUCGGCAGACACAUGUCACAUCUGCCUGGGUCACUUCGAGCAGAGACCUGUUGCUUCUCUGGAGAGGUGCCCGCACGUCUUCUGCCUCCAGUGUAUCCUGCGAUGGUCCCAGACGUCCAACACUUGCCCGGUGGACCGGAUCAGUUUCGCCGUCAUCCACCAGAGACGGUGUGCCGGAGGGGUCGUUCAAAAGAAGAUCAAAGUGAGGGGCCGGAAGAAGGAGGCGGAUGAAGAUGAUGAUGAAGAGGAGGAGCCGGGCGCCGCUGACGCUGUGUUCUGUGAGGAAUGUGGACGGAGCGACCGCAGACACCGGCUGCUGGUGUGCAGAUACUGUGAUUCAGGGUUUCACAUGGACUGCUUGACACCAUCGUUAAACUCAGGCCCUGAAGGCGACUGGACUUGUCCCGACUGUGCAGUCAGUCCUCACACAGAACCACCCCUGUGCUGUGCAGACUCCUCCUCCGUGGUGGUGGAGGAGGAGGAGGAGGAGGAGAUCAGUGACGGGGAACUGACGGACCUUCUGGCCGAAGUCAGCGAACCCGCGACGACCGGUCGUCUCCGGCUCUCGACCGUAAAUCGCCCCGGCGGCUCCACCGAGCCACGACACAGCGCGAGGAUCCAGAGCCGGACCAGCAGAGAUCUGGAUCCUCGAACACCAACCUCCCGGCAUGUACCUAAAUACCUGUUGCGAGCAUCAGGGCCCGCGGUCAGAAGAGCAGACGACGUAGAAGCUGAUCACGGCGACGCUUCAGUCGGUGAGUCGAAUACAGGGAAAAGACGAACGACAAGGAGCUGAGAGGACGCUCGUCACUGCCGGUACGUGUCCCAGCAGCCACCACAUGGGGGCAGCAUCGUGUUAUAGCAGUUAGGUACAGAGCCAUAUACCUCAAGAGAAGAAACUGAACCUGCAAUACUUUUUCUGUCUGGUGUAAAAACUGUUGUUGAAUAUUAUUAUUAUAUAUUUUUUUUUAAUUUUGCCAAUAAAAACCCAAACCAACAACGUGUGAGUCUGUGUUUCAGUACUUGUUGACGUCCCCGUGUCUGUGUCACUGAGCAGCGGUGGGAAGUACAUUUACUCAAAUCAUGCACUCGAAUGUAAAUAUGAGGUUCAUUUACUUGAUAUUUAUUUAAUUAUUUUCUUUUCACUUAAUUCUUUUACUUUGUUUGAUUGCAGAUAUAAAUAUUAAAACCGUUUACUCCUCUACAUUUAUUGAACAGCUUCAGUUGCUCUACAAACCAAGAUUUUUGUCUGCAAAAUGUAUGAAGAAGUUAUAAAACAUGAUGCUUCACUGUAGAUGAAACUGUCCAACAGUGUCCACAAAUAGAGCUUUUUAUUGAUAAUUGAUAAUAAUAGUAAGUUUCUUAAACAACUUUUUGCAUUUUUGUUCAUUUUGAAGUUUGGACAAUAUAUUGGACAAAACAAGCAUUUUUAGAUUCUGGGUAACUGGCUAUUUUCUGAACAUUUACAACCCAAAUCAAUAAUUUGAUCAGCAGAUUGAUAGAUAAUGAAAAAUAAAAUAAAAAUUCCCACAGUUUUGUAUAACAGACUGACGUCCGCAUCCCCCUUGAGCCAAAACUAAAGAAGGAAACAAAAGUGAAGGUUGAUUUUUCUUGUUCUUGUUAAAAUCUGUUUGUGGUUAUUCUGGUGCCGGUGCCACAGUGUGGGUGAACGUUACAGGUGCUGUGGGUGGACUGUGGCCAACCGAGGCGUCGGACCAUCAAAGACUCGCGCAGACUUCAAACGGGGAAUAAAGCUCCUCUGAUCGUCUGCAGGAUUCCCUCAUCCCGCCUCCCUCGGCAGCACCGAGCCGUUGCCUAGCAACAGCAGCCUCAGUGAUCUCUCAGGGUGUCGUGCAGCCGGAACACGAGGAGGAGGCUUCAGUCUCACACACACACACACACACACACACUCUCAGAUCUGCUGCGUUUAAUCCUCUGAUGUCCGAAAACCUCUUGCCGCCUGUUGCAACAACAAAAAAGAAAAGGAGUAUUAAUCAUGAAAUCCCUCCACCAAGAUAUUUCUACAUUUAUGUAACUGACACCAGGACAGACAUCAACUCUGUGAUUCCUGAUGCUACAGUAAAGUUAUGAUCUCUCAUGUGUA